AUGAAGAAGGCAAAUUUAAAUACAGAAAAUAAAACAAAGAAGCUAAUAAUAAUGAUUAAACACACACUUUCUUUAUUGAUACUGUUGAUUUUUACAAUAUGUAUAAUUCAUGUAAGUUCAAUAAUCAUUUUACUUAAUUUAAAAUUAGUUAAAGCCCUUUUUAUAACAUAUACAAUCUUCUUUAUUAAAUUAACAAGUAAGAUUGUUAAUAUGACAAUAGAAACAUUUAAGUUUUAUAUAAAUAUUAUUUAA